GGAAAAACAGAGUUGAUUUGAAGAGUUGGCAGUUCUUGAGUGUUAAAAGGAAUGAAGAUUGGACAACAGAAAUAGCUUAUUUACAUUAUAAUAAUAGACCAUAUUGUGGCAUUGCUAUAGAAAACCAAAUCUUGAUUAGAACAAUGAGUGAUGUUAAGUCAGAACUAAGCAUACCUUUUCCGACAGAGGAACAAGCUACAAUUGCUUACAACUCUCUACGUGUUGACAAAGAACCCAAACGUGGUGGAAAUACCAGGGAGCUCAGAGUUGAUGGGAAUGUGCUACAUCUUUCAUCAGUUCAUAAGGUAAGAGAGCACCACUUUCCAGAGAGAGAGGGAGGUUUGUUUGAGCUACAACUACAGUUGUUCCCAAAGAGGGAGAUCAAAGACAAAUACAACACUCUUAAGAUAGGAUUCCUUAAUACUGUUAAAAUGGGAACUCAUUGUGAUAUGGCAUAUUGAUGACUUGAAUGAGACUCAAAAUGAUUGCAAUGAUGCAUUUAAGAUUUUGAUCUUGUAGUUCUGGAAUCGGAUUAUUCAUGUGAAAAUAAUUUUUUAUUUUGAACAAUGAUCAUGUGAAAAUCCACAUUGA